AUGAUACAGAGUAGUGCCGAACCAGCAAGAGCUUUAUCAGAAUCACAAACAGUGCAAGAUUCUGAGGACGAAAGUCAGAUUUUCACAUACCGAGAACUCGCCACAGCAACAAACAACUUCAGGGAGGAAUCUAUUAUCGGACGAGGUGGCUUUGGAUGUGUAUACAAAGGUACAUUAGAAAGUACUGGACAGGAAGUGGCUGUUAAGAUGCUUGAUCAUUCUGGUGUUCAAGGAGAAAGAGAGUUUAUUGUAGAAGUCCUAAUGCUGUCGCUCCUGCGCCACGAAAACCUCGUGAGGUUGAUUGGUUAUUGCGCUGAAGGCGAUCAAAGACUCCUCGUCUAUGAAUAUAUGCCUCUUGGAUCCGUAGAAGAUCAUAUGCACAAUAAAAAAUGUAGUGGUCAAAAGGCUUUAGAUUGGAGCACAAGGAUGCAAAUAGCUGCAGGAGCAGCUAAAGGUAUAGAGCAUCUUCACAAUGUAGCAGAUCCUCCUGUGAUAUUCAGAGAUUUGAAGACGGCGAACAUAUUGUUAGAUCAUGGAUUUAAACCAAAACUCUCGGAUUUUGGACUUGCUAAGUUUGGUCCGACUGGUGAUGUUACUCAUGUCACUACUAAAGUUAUGGGAACUCUCGGGUAUUGCGCGCCAGAUUAUGCGAAAAGUGGGAAACUGACGAUAAAAUCCGAUAUCUAUAGCUUUGGAGUUGUCAUGUUGGAGCUUAUCACUGGACGCAAAGCGAUAAUGGACUCAUCCAUGGGUCCAGAUUGCUUUCUUGGGGAUUGGGCAGUAGCAUUGUUCAAGAAAGACAACAUAAGGGAGAUUGUUGAUCCAGUGUUAACAAUAAAAGGUCGUUACAUGGAAUCAACAAUGAGAAAAGCUCUUGAAGUGGCGUUUAUGUGUCUAAGAGAAGAAGCAAACGCUAGGCCAACGAUCAGCGAAGUAGGUAUCGCUCUAAAUUACAUAGUUAAGUGCACAACAAGCAAGAAGAAGAAAGCGCGCGCUGGAAAGAAGAAAGGAGGGACCAGCUCGAGCUCGCCCGAGACGCCGAGGAUUUUGAAUGGUAAUAACGAAGAAAGAAAUGUAGAUUUAGAUAGACAGAGGGCUGUUGCUGAGGCUAAGAAUUGGGCUGAGUCUUUGAGGAGGAAAAGCACUGAGCCAUCAUCGUCUCACUCCUGA